CAGCCCGGCGUUGGGAAAACGGGGAGCGGAGAUGAAGAUGGAGGUGGGAGGGGCCUGGCGGGGCUGACGUCAGCGGCUGUGUGGAGGAGUAUAGGCUGUGCUGUCAGCCCAGUGUCAGUCUGAUGAAGAUUGGCAUGCAGGCUUUGAGUGGAGAUUUGGGUACUGGGCCACAGAGCAGACAACAACCCUGAAAGCUGCUGUGUUGCUGUGGGCAAGCUAACUUCUCGAUGUGAAGCUGUCCCAUGAUGCAACAUGUGUCCCCAGCACCUGCAGUGACAAUGAUGGCCACCCAGAGUGUUCCUCCACCAUCGUACCAGGAGAGCCAACAGAUGACGGGGACGACUCAACAGAACACCAAGACCCCACAGGUCCACAUCCCAGCAGCCUCUGCAGCAGGAAAUACCUCUGUCAGUGUGACCCUUGACCCCCAGGCCCAGCUUGAGUCUGACAAGAGAGCUGUUUACAGACAUCCAUUGUUCCCGCUGCUGGCAUUGUUGUUUGAGAAAUGUGAGCAGGCCACGCAGGGAUCUGAAUGCAUCACGUCAGCCAGCUUCGAUGUGGAUAUUGAAAACUUUGUGCACCAGCAGGAGCGAGAACACAAGCCGUUCUUCAGUGAAGAUCCAGAGCUGGACAACUUGAUGGUAAAAGCCAUUCAGGUGUUGCGGAUUCAUCUACUGGAGUUGGAGAAGGUCAAUGAGCUCUGUAAGGAUUUCUGCAAUCGCUACAUCACUUGCCUGAAGACCAAGAUGCACAGCGACAACCUCCUCCGUAAUGACCUCGGUGGACCCUACUCUCCAUCACACACCAGUCUCAGCAUGCAGCAGGAACUAAUUCAGACCUCCUCUCCAUCCAUGACCUCUGUCUCCAGCUCUGUUAACCCUUCAGGGAUUGUGGUGCCUGCCGGGGGUCUGCAACAGGGCAGUGUCGCCAUGACCACCAUCAACUCUCAAGUGGUAUCGGGUGGGACCCUGUACCAGCCAGUUGCCAUGGUGACAUCGCAAGGGCAAGUGUUAACGCAGGCGCUGCCGCCGGGAACCAUCCAGAUCCAGAACUCGCAGGUAAAUGUGGACCUUUCAUCCCUCUUGGACAAUGAAGACAAGAAGUCCAAGAAUAAGAGGGGGGUCCUUCCCAAACACGCCACCAACAUCAUGCGCUCCUGGCUCUUCCAGCAUCUCAUGCACCCAUAUCCAACAGAAGACGAGAAAAGGCAGAUUGCAGCACAAACGAGUCUAACCCUUUUGCAAGUGAACAACUGGUUCAUCAACGCUCGUAGGCGUAUCCUCCAGCCCAUGUUAGAUGCCAGUAAUCCAGACCCAGCUCCUAAAGCCAAGAAGAUGAAGUCCCAACACCGUCCAACACAGCGCUUCUGGCCCGACUCCAUCGUGGCUGGAGUACUGCAGACUCACAGAUCUCAGACAGGAAACAACUCAGACAACCCGCUGAGCAUGGACAGCCUCCAGUCACUGUCCUCGGACUCAGCCACCCUGGCCAUGCAGCAAGCCAUGCUGGGAGCAGAUGACUCCAUGGAUGGCACGGAGGAGGAGGACGAAGAAGAGGAGGACGAGGAGGAAGAGGAGGAAGGAAUGGAGGAGGAAGAAGAGGAAGAGGACGGAGAGGAGGAACACGACAGGGGAGGCAAAUGUCCAGCGGGUAGGGGAAGGAGAGAUCUGAGCAUGGAGCACAGAGAGGAACUGGAAAUGAGGGUGUUCAAAAUGUCCAUCGCCCAGGCGGCGGCCAAGGCCAUGCUAUCUGAUGCCCUGCUGCAGGACAGCUCCGGGAUACAUCGGAUCAACCACCUGGAACUGGAGCUUCCUCUGGACAAGGUCAUCAAGUAUGUGUCUGUCGGCCUUCCGCUGAUGCUGGUGUGCAUGGCCUUUGCCCGUGAGAUCUCCCUGGGGCCUCAGAUCAGCUGUUUCCCUCCCAGCAAUUUCACCAUCAAGCAGGCCAGCUACGUAGACACAUACUGCUGGGACUCUCUCAUGCAUCACGAGUUUGACAGUGAUGGGAACUUUGAGGAACGCUCUCUCUGGGUGCAUAAAAUGUUUCCUUACUCUCUUUUGGCGAUGGCUGUGUUGAUGUACCUACCGGCUCUGAUCUGGCGCCAGCUCGUCAUGCCCACACUGGGCUCAGACCUGCUCUUCAUAAUUGACGAACUAGACAAGUCGUACAACCGCUCAAUUCGACUGGCCCAGAGCAUUCUGGAUAUGCGCCAGAACACGAUGAACCCGCUCACAUUUCAGGCCGAGCUGCAGAGGGCUAAGAAGAAGCGGUACUUUGAGUAUCCCCUUCUGGAGAGAUACAUGCAGUGCAAACAAAACUCCUACUUCCUUGUUAGCAUGCUUUUCUUGCGGGGCUUCCUCCUCCUGACCUUCAUGACUGCUGCCUGCCUCUACCUCGCCUACUUCCAUCUCUCUGCCUUCCUGCAGGAUGAAUUCAGCUGCUUUGUCCGCACAGGCAUGCUGCGUGACCAGAACUGGGUUCCUGAACUGGUUCAGUGUAAGAUGAUUGGCCAGUUGGUCUUUCAGGUGAUAAGCGUGGCCAACGGUGCCAUCUAUGUCCUGCUGGCACCCAUUGUCCUCUUCAGCCUCAUCCGACUCUUCGUUUGGGACACCACCUUCAUCUCUGUCUACGAGGUCCUCCCAGCUCUGGAUCUUAUGAACCGCCGAAAGCUGGGCUGCCCACUGAACGACCUCAACGUACUGCUGCUUUUCUUGCGUGCCAACGUCGCUCACCUGAAGUCCUAUGGGCAGGUGAGGGCUUUGUGCUCUCUGGCGCCGCCACAGGUGGGCAACGCAACUGCAGGGCAGGGUUUAAACGCAAUGUUGACCCAAGAAGAGAUGGAGGAGCGUGAAGAGGCUGCGAUGGAGCUCACUGAGGAAAUAGAGGAGGCCAAAGAAGAAGGGAAGCUAAACUUGGUGGACAUCAUGACGAUCCUGGGAGCGGCACAGGGAAGAGUGGUGAACUGCAGCGAGAAGAGGCCUCUGGUGGAGGAGAAUAUGAGUCUGGGUACUGUAACACUUAUCUACACACUCAAACGCAUUCUGCUAGUGGCUAUUUUUGUCUACAUCAUUUGGGAUGUACAGAAAAUUAUAAAGUGACCUCCAAACUACAGACUCAGGUUCUGAAAAUGAAUAACAAGCGCCUUACAUAUAGGACA